GGGCCGGCACGUUGGCGGGAAAGUUGCGGCGGCGCUGCCGACCCUCACGCCGCGGUUAGUGAGGGGCCGCCGGCGGCGACGGGUCCCAGGCGGGUCGCUGUGGCCGGCAUGGACGCGGCGGAGGUGGAGUUUCUGGCCGAGAAGGAGCUGGUCACCGUAAUCCCCAACUUCAGCCUAGACAAGAUCUACCUCAUCGGGGGGGACCUGGGGCCUUUCCAGCCGGGCUUACCGGUGCGAGUGCCGCUGUGGCUGGCCAUCAACCUGAAGCAGAGGCAGAAGUGUCGGCUGCUGCCGCCCGAGUGGAUGGACGUGGAGAAGUUGGAGAAGAUCAGGGAUCAUGAACGACAGGAAGAAACCUUCACCCCCAUGCCCAGCCCUUACUACAUGGAACUUACCAAACUCCUGCUGAAUCACGCUUCGGACAAUAUCCCCAAAGCAGAUGAAAUCCGGACCCUGGUGAAGGACGUGUGGGACACUCGCAUGGCCAAGUUGCGGGUGUCCGCCGACAGCUUCGUGAGGCAGCAGGAGGCACAUGCCAAGCUGGACAACCUGACCUUGAUGGAGAUCAACACGAGCGGGGCUUUCCUCACACGAGCGCUCGAUCACAUGUACAAACUCCGCACAAACCUGCAGCCUGCUCAGGGCGCGCCGUCCCAGGACUUCUAGAGAAGGGCCCAGCCCGUGGCGAAGGCUGGCCGCUUGCGCCUGUGCGCCUGCCGGACGGAGGCUUCCAGGCGCCGUGUGAGCGCGAGACCCGACAGAGGUACUGUGAGCUUCGGAGUUCUAGAACCCUUUCUGAAUGUACGAAAGCUAUCAUGAAACAAGGAGUGGUUCAUAACGUUGCUGGAAAGCAACAGGUUUGUGCUUGGUCCUUGAGAGUCUCGUCCCAGCUCUGUCUGUGGGAGCCGUGUUCGUUUAUGGGGAAGGAACGCAGCUUUGGCAAAACGAGUUACUUUCCCGGCAGGGCCUGCGGUCUCCUGUGAGGUGUCAUCCUGUGGGGGAAGUCAGUGACCUCGAGGGGUGUUUUCUGAGAGACAGAGACAGUGGGAGUGGCGAGGCGGCUCGGGGCUUUUUCCGCUUUUCUGAUCCUGAUCUCUUGGGCUAAAUUUGGACUCUCCCAGGGUUCGUUCACGCACAGAAGGACGGCAGAUGAGUGGCAGGACGUUGACCGGGUUUGCCAUCAGACCCCCCCCAAAGACGGACCCCCCAGACCUUGCGUGGGGUUUUCUCCCCUGCACUACCGCCGAGGGAAGGGAGCGAGUCCCGUGGCUGGAACGGUCUGACUGGCCACAUGGGGAUGUGUGGCAGGAAGGGGUGCCCUUUAGACUGACACUGGGGGCACCUCUCGUCUCUGGGCUGCUGUGGGUCAGGGUGUAGUGGUUUCUGUCAGGAGGAAAGGCGGGAACCCCCGGCCGCUUCACGCACAGCCGCCAGCACGGGCAGCACCGUAACUGGCCAGACGGGGAAGUUCCUGACCAACUGGCCUCCUUCAGUGGAAACAGAUGGUCACCGAUGUUCCUCACCCCGGGAAGGCGACGCUGCCUUCUCUGAGAGAGAAAUGCCGGGGAAACUAGCCGCAACGGACAUGACCACACCAGCUGUCACCUUUGUAUUUGGAUUCAGAACCCAUUUGCUGGUGGCAGGACGACUAGCAGGACUCAGGGCUCCUUGGGUUAUGCAAAGGGAAAACAGACCCAAACACUGACAUGUGAACAGCCUCUGAGGAGAAAGACCCUAGGAGAGCAGCAAAAGGAACCCCAGAGAAUGAAGGCGUCACGGGGACUUCAGAAGCCAAGGCUGGUGCUGGCGAACAGCUCGGGACGGGAGACGGGGGCGAAGAUUCUGCAGGGACCCGACCGGUGCGACUGUAGAGCUCUCCCGUUCGUAACACCUAGAAAGGCCGGAGACCAGCAGACUGCACGGUCCGGGCUGUGUGAGGCUGGAGUCCGGCUGCUGGGAGGGGACAUCGGGCCCGUAGCGUGGCUCUUGAGGGACGGACGGGGGAGACCUGGCUGGAGGCAGCAGCGUCUCAACGGAGGGUCCGUUCCCAGGAGAAGCACUUCUCAGUCGUAGUGGUUGGAAUUGCCCUGGAAGUGACCUGACCUUGACAGCAGGAACGAUUGUCUAGAGUCCUAGAGGGACGGAAGCGCUGGCGGCCCACGGGUCUGACAGUGGCACCGCCGAGCACGUUCUCUCUCCGCAGUGAGCGCGCGGUCACCUGAGCCUCGGGGCAGCUUCUGGCUUUGCCCUUCGGUGUUCAAAGCCCAACCCCCCCGCCGCGCUCCGCAGGCGCAUUUUCUCGGUCCCAGAUGGCCAGGCCGCCGUCCCUCCGGAAACGGCUGGGGUCGUUAUUUGAACACCGAAGGGCCAGACACGAGCACCUGGUCCCUGUCACAUAAGGGGAUGGUUCUAGAGGGUCGCUUUUGGAUAGUGGGACUUGCCUUUCCACCUGGGGACUCUGCCAGAAUGAAACCACAUGGCACGGAGGAGGGUCCGGGGACCCUCGAGCUCCCCCACCUCAAACCCUUGUGCUCCUGAAACCCGGUGAAGCCGCUGGCCAGCGGACCUCGUGUCUGAUGGGUGAGGCUCCGCGGCGGAGCUCUUCUCCCCUGCCCGCCACUGUGGCCCUGUCAGAACAAAGAUUUUCCUCUUAACGUGAUUUAGGAAGAUUUUAUUUUUUUGGAUGUUGUCAGAAAUUACAGGAAUAUAUUCAUAAAUAUCUAAUUACUACAUUCAACAAAUAAUAUUACAAUACAGUUAAUUCAAACAAGUACACUUAGAACAGGUUUAAUUUCACAGCAUCUAAACCGCCCCCAGGGUGACCGAGGCUUUCCUCUUCCCUCCCGUGUGCUGGUUCUGCUGCUGUCCCUCAAGCACAGGGCACACACCAAGUGACAACCAGUUAGCGCGGUCUUCCUCAGGUCAAGGCGGAGAUCAGAGUCUCGCUCAAGCGCUGGGUCAGACAGCUGGGACAGACAGACCACGGCGGGUGGGGAGGAAGCCAGAUCUGGUUUCCUCGGGGAGCGCGGGGAUGGCUGCUAAGCGGCUAACGCGCACCUAAGGGGACAGGAUGGGCUUGUGCUGACCCUCCAUCUUGUGGGAGAUCCUUGGAAUUUCCUACUUAAAACCGCUUGGAGGGUCUGGGGUGGACGUCGGGUUUUUGAGAUUUGGCAGUGCCACGGAGCUACUUGAGGCGAACACCGGCCCUCACACGAACUUGAGGUCUGUGUCGUAGUUCUCGGCCGCUGCCCGUGUGCGCGCCGUUUCCUAUUCCUGGAACUUCCUCACGGACGGUCGCUGUUGGACUCUCAACGCCAAGUAGGUGCUGAGCCUGUGCUUUCUGCAGGCGAGAACGGGCAGGUCCCUUCUCGCCACUUGUCUGGGACAGUGGACCGGGACCCUGUUUUAGGUCCAUUUGGCUCUAAUUAUGCGAAACAGAACAUUUCCAAGGGAGGUUCUGUAGCGCCGAGUGUGGCGGGCUCUGGUCUGCUUCUAGUGACCUGACUGCGCGUGGAGCCCCACACCGGGGCUUCGUGGGGUGCCCUUCGGGACAGACAGCAGGGGUGGCGGGCGGGCGGGGCCGCGAGGCAGGAGCUCACAGAGCAUGGACGGGCAGCACGGCCGCUCUGGAGCGAGUGUGCUGUGCCGCUCCGCCUCGUCUCCUAAGCCCCGUGUGAAUGGGCCUCACAGAAAGCUCCAGAGAGUGUGCGUGUCAGAUUGCACACCCGAACCACAGAGGCUCGGGUGCUGCUGUGUGGUCCGCAUCGUCGGAGAACGACCACGCGGACACCGUGGCUGGGCGCCAGGUCUUAGUGGGACACUCUUGUUUUCUAAAGAUGCUUCCUUGCCUUUCUCUGCAUUUCUUCACGCUACCUGACGGGUUAUAUUCUGAUUGUCUUGUUACAGAUCAAGAGCGGGAGGCAGAGGGACAGAAGCAGGAGGGCAGGGGCAAGGUGGCGGUUUCCGUCGGAAGGGACAGGGGCACAGACCUCCCAGGUGCUGCCUCCCUUUACCCCAGGACCUCGCCCAGUGCGGAGAACCUCCGCGUCCCCUGGCUGGUGGAGGGCUGGGCUGUGCUCCCUGUUCGCUCUGGCCAUUGCCACUCUGAUGAGCAGGGCUUCCAGGCCUUUCCUGGGCCGGUCGGGGACAGAGUGAGGCGCUGAGAUCGGACUCUCCAGUGGCGGACUGGCAGUAGCGAGCCGCCUCGAGACUCAGUAAUUGCUUCCCCUGCCUGUUGGCUGCAGCGCUCCCUGUGCACGCCUGUCCCCACCUGUGCAACUGCUGCUCUCCCUGUCCUCGCCGGGGAGGAGGCCCCCAGAACAGAACAGGCCUUCGUUCUCUCCAAGUCAUUUUUGUGGCGAGGAAGGCACUUGUUGACUGCUGCUAAUACUGGCGGCACUUCUCGUCUGAGUUUGCUAAUAACUGGAAGAUUCUUGGCAGACGCACAAAGCAAACGGUGUGGGGACAGAUAGAGCAACACAGUGCCAUCUGCCAGCAAGCUGUUCUGCACAGCUGAGGUCUGGGGCUGGGGGCGCGGCCGCUGAUCGCGGCGCAGAGCCUUCCUGAAGGUCAGCCAGUCCGUCCCCUGACCCAGGGUGAAGGGGACAGCGGCCAUGAGGAUUCGUGCCUCCACCCCCAUCCCCCUGACAGACCAACUGCUGGCUGCGCUGGCCUCUGGCUUGGGCGGGAUUCCCUGCCGGAGCGACUAGACACUGCCUGAGUGAGCCGAAGCGGGGUCGGGGGGACAUGCUGCUCUGCACGGAGAUGGCAGUGCCACUUCCUAGCUGCUCCUGCGCUCCUGACAGUGAGCUCAGGAGGAGAAGUUCAGCUCAGAUGUGGUUUACCCUACUUUUAGGCUUUUACAAAGCUUUGCAUCUAGAUAAAGCUUCUAAAGUUUCUACUUUGCACCUGUUCUCAGACUGCUGUAGGACACCCUACAGGGAGCUGUAGGCUCCCUCCCUGACCGGGCCUUUCAACAGAGCCGCAUGUGCACGUGCACGCGCGUGGCCCUGCUCGCCCCCGCCUGGGGCUGAGCCCCUCUUCAGCAGCACCGGGCGCUUCUGGCUGCCCGGAGCCGGGGGUGGGGACAGAAGCACCUCACCUUCCCGUGUGACUCAAAAUGAAGUGAGCGGUAGGCGCCAGUGGUAAGCUCUUUUACUUUUCUUCUUCUUUAAUUUUUAAAAACACUUCAAUAUUUUAAUGUCCUGACCAGCAGCAGUACAAACACUAAAAGCAAGUUUUUUUUGCCCAGAAAAACGAAAGCAAAAAAACAAAACCCCCAAACAGGAAAACAAA